AUGGGAAUUGUGUAUGAAGAUUUACAUAAUUAUUCUGUCACCCAUCGAUCGGACUUUUGGCGUUUCACCUUCAGUUUUCUGUCCUUGGUCUACGAAGGCCCUAUUCCCUCGGUAGUCGUCACUGAGACGGCGCGUAUAGAUUCCAUACCAGAGUGGUUUUCAGGUGUGCACUUGAAUUGGGCCGAGAACGUACUAUUUGCUGGCAAUGAGGCUGGAAAGCCUGUGUACUCCUCUGGGAAAGAAGAUGGAAAGAUUGCAAUUCUGGAAGUUAAGGAAGGAAUGACCCAACAAGUCCGACCCGUUACAUGGCAGGAAUUGCGGACCCGAGUUGGAAGACUUUCGCAGGCAAUGCGAGCGCGAGGGGUUCAUAAAGGAGACCGAAUUGCUGUCGUUGCAAACAACUCUGUAGACACGUUAACAGUUUUCCUGGCCACCACAAGCAUCGGUGGUAUCUUUAGCUCUAUUAGUACUGACGUCGGAGCGCGAGGCAUCCUGGAGCGUCUCUCCCAGAUUCGACCCAAAUUUGUUUUCGUAGACGACCGAGCCUUGUACAACCGCAAGGAGAUCGACAUCCGCCCUGUAAUGCAACAGAUAUGUCAAGGACUUCGCGAAUUUACAGAGUUUCAGGGUGUAGUUGCCCUAGUGCGUUUCCCCAACAGGCCGGCCGAUAUCACAGCCAUCGCUAAAUCCUACAAACUGGCGGAUUUUCUUUCUGUCGCAACUUCGGAUACUCUUAUCUUCGAGCGAUGUCGAUUCUCAGAUCCUUUCCUAAUUGUAUAUUCGUCUGGAACAACUGGAAAGCCGAAAUGCAUCGUCCACUGCAUUGGUGGCGUUCUUCUAAAUGGAUGCAAGGAGAGCCGACUUCAUCGAAGUAUUGACCACACUUCCGUCCAUCUCCAGUAUACCACCACUGGAUGGAUAAUGUAUCUUGUUUCAGUAUUAAGCCUUGUCCUUGGGGCUAGGAUAGUCAUGUAUGAUGGUAGCCCCUUCGUGCCCGAUCCAGCCAAUCUCAUCCGCUUGGCAAGCAGUACUGGAGUCACACAUUUAGGCAUAAGCCCCCGAUUCUUGCAAACAUUGCGCGAGAACAACAUCUCACCACGAAAGGUUGCCGAUCUGAGCCGCUUACAGACUCUUUCGAGUACAGGUAUGGUACUGUCCGAUUCCCUGUUCGAAUGGGUGUAUGAUGAAGCCUUUCCGAGCACAAUUCAUCUAGACAACUCCUCCGGAAGAACAGACUUGGCGGGCGCAUUCACUGCGGGAAAUCCUCUCCUACCCUUGUAUGUAGGGGGGUGUCAAAGCAAAGCUCUAGGUCUAGUUGUGGAGGUGUUUGAAGCUGGGCAAAAUACGGAUGGCAGUAUACAAAAGGGAAAUUCUCUCCCGAUUGGACAGGCUGGUGAGCUUGUGUGUACGGCUACUUUUCCCAGUAUGCCGGUAAACUUUUGGGGUAAUGGUGGACCUCGUCGCUACUUCGAGAGCUACUUCAGUCAAUUCGACAAUGUAUGGACACAUGGCGAUUUCGUAAUGGUCCACCCAACCACGAAGCAGAUCUUCUUUCUCGGUAGAGCGGAUGGUGUUCUUAACCCAAGUGGCAUCCGCUUUGGUAGUGCAGAGAUAUACGGAGUCAUCGAGGCCAGUUUUGCUGAUCAAAUUGCCGACUGCGUUUGCGUUGGACAAAAGCGCGUUCAGGACACGGACGAAAAGGUUGUUUUAUUCUUGCUACUGAGACCUGGACAUAUCUUUACCAAUAAGCUGGUGGAUGAGAUCAAGAGCGCGAUCCGCAGACAACUGAGUCCACGGCAUGUCCCACAGUUUGUAUUUGAAACACCAGAGAUACCAGUGACAUUCAACGGAAAAAAGGUCGAACUCCCAGUGAAGCAGAUCGUUUCUGGAAACUCCAUUACACCAUCUCGCGCCAUUGCAAAUUCCAAGUGUCUUGAUUACUAUUAUCAAUUCUCCAAGGAUGACGUAUUACACGCUGCAUCUCAACCUUCAGCCAAAUUGUAG